UUACCUCAGUCAGUUGGAGAAGAAAAUUAGUUUGUCUGAGUUUGAGAUUAAGCUUGCCAGGGAGGUUAAGAAAUACCCCAAUCUUUACAGUUCAAGAGAUACAAUAAUUCAUUAUAAUGAUUGGAUUAUAGUAGCUCAUAUUCUCAGCAAAGGUAAAAGAGAAAUGGACUUCAGCUUUUGCAGGACAACGUGGAAAAAGUUGAGGAAAAACUAUGUCAGAGAGCAUAAUACAAAGAUCAAGAGCGACAAUUCAAGUGUUGGACUAAAAGAUCCGGAGAUAUUACAGGAGUUGAACUGGCUCUCCCCCUUCAUAAAACACAAAGCCCAACCGACCAACAUUCCAGGAGGAGAGGGUCUGGUAGCAAGAGGGCGAGGAGAGACUGGAGGCAGUCGUGAUGCGUCGUUGGACAGAUACCACAAUUUCACCACCUUGUCCACCCCUGCAGCAGACGGCACCUUUACCCCUCCUGUAACCACACACAUCAGACCCUUCAGACACAUGUCCACCCUAACACAGUCUGGGGACGGCCUCCCUUCAUCUAAACCAAGCUCCAGUUCUACCAGUGGACCAGUCCAACCAAGGAAGAGAACACAGGACAGAGUAGAUCAAGCCCCCAAGAAUGAUGAUAAAACCAGAGAGCAUGGGGUCAGUAGUAUGGGAGGUAGUGAUGAAGGUGACACCUUACUUCUUCUGCUAGCCGUUGCGAGAGGACAAGGAGAGACUGGAGGAAGUGGUGAGGCGUCGAUGGACAGAUUCCCCUGUCGUUUCACCCCCUUGUCCACCCCUGAAGCAGACAGCACCUUCACCUCUCCGACCCACAUCUACUCUGAAACAGUCUGGGGGCGGCCCCACUACACCUAAACCAAGCUCCAGCUCUACCAGUGGACCAGCCCAACCAAGGAAGAGGACACAGCACAGAGUAGAACAAGCCUCCAGCAAGAACCUUAAGACUGCUGAUAAUACCAGAGAGCAUGGGGUCAGUAGUAUGGGAGGUAGUGAUGAUGGUGAACCCUUACUUGUGACUUAAUUGUAUAUUCUUCCUACCUGUACUAGAGAGUUUCUUCCUGCUUAAAAUAGCAUGUUGAUGUCACAGAGAAUAGACCUAAUGUGGUUUACUUAAUCCUGUAACGGUCUGUGUGUGUGUCAAAUCAAAUUUAUUUGUCACAUAUACAUGGUUAGCAGAUGUUAAUGCGAGUGUAGCGAAAUGCUUGUGCUUCUAGUUCUGACCAUGCAGUAAUAUCUAACAAGUAAUCUAACCUAACAAUUUCACAACACCUACCUUAUACACACAAGUGUAAAGGAAUGAAUACAAAUAUGUACAUUAAAAUACAUGAAUGAGUGAUGCCCGAACGGCAUAGGCAAGAUGCAGUAGAUGGUAUAGAGUACAUUAUAUACAUAUGAGAUGAGUAAUGUAGGGUAUGAAAACAUUAUAUAAAGUGGCAUUGUUUAAAGUGGCUAGUGAUACAUUUAAUUACAUCAAGAUGGCCAGAUGCAGUAGAUGGUAUAGUGUGUGUGUGUGUACCCAUUAAUGCAAACACUUGGUUUCUAUUAUGUCACCAAGAGUCUGGUAGCGAGAGGACAAGCAGAGACUGGAGGCAGUGGUGAGGUGUCGAUAGACAGAGACCUCUGUCAUUUCAACCCAUUGUUCACCCCUGCAGCAGGCAGCACCGUUACCCCUUCUGUAACCACACACAUCAGACCCACAUCUACUCUGAAACAGUCUGGGGGCGGCCCCACUACGCCUAAACCAAGCUCCAGCUCUACCAGUGGACCAGCCCAACCAAGGAAGAGGACACAGCACAGAGUAGAACAAGCCCCCAGCAAGAACCUUAAGACUGCUGAUAAUACCAGAGAGCAUGGGGUCAGUAGUAUGGGAGGUAGUGAUGAUGGUGACGCUUUACUUAGCCAUAUUAUAAUUUCAACGUGAAAUGCCGCCUGAACUGAAGUCCCAAGCUAAAUCAGAUAUGCUGAAACUGCUUUCUGCAAUGCAUGAAAAGUUGUCACAGCAUCAGAGUAGUACCAAUGUUAAUCACUGAUUAUGUUUUUCAACAGUGAACUUCCAUCAUUUAUACAUUAGAAUUCACAUCAGUAUACAUUUUAAAUAGUAGGAAAAUAUGUUCUGAAUGCUACUUGUGCAGAUAUUGCAUUAACUAGAUACUAAAGGACAAAGGCUACAUUGACACAGGCAGCCCAAUUCUUAUCUUUUGCCAAUACAUGGGCAAAGUAUCAGAAUUAGGCUGUUUGUGUAAACGUAGCCUAAGAAUCCUAGUGUACAGAUUGAAUACUUUUUUCAUAUUCAUUUCAGUUCAAUUUGAUUUUAAUUUGGCAAUCAUAUCCCCAAACAUGUGUUCUUAUAUGACCGAACAGUGUUAUAACCGAGGUCUACUGCGCACCACAAGAUUGUGUUUUCCCUGUGAGCUAAAGCUUAGGCAUUAGUUCAGGGAGCCUCAUUGGCUAGUAGUUACACUACAUGUUCAAUUGUAGAAGAUGUUGCACCGUCUACAUCUAUAAAUAAUAAAGCUUGCCAACAUUCUUUCCUGUCAUGCCUGCUAAUAUGAAAAGCUACAGUUUUCCAAAAUAAAAAAUGUCAAAACAA